AUGCCGCAGCUCAACGGCGGUGGAGGGGACGAUCUGGGCGCAAACGAUGAAAUGAUCUCCUUCAAAGACGAAGGGGAGCAGGAAGAGAAAAUUUCGGAGAACUCCUCGGCAGAAAGGGAUUUAGCAGACGUCAAAUCUUCUCUCGUAAAUGAGUCGGAAACGAAUCAGAACAGCUCGUCGGACUCGGAGGUAAGUGGCAGCCGGACGCGGGGAUCGAUGGACCCCGGCUCUCUGAACCCAGGGGCCUACGCUCGUUUGCGCCGUAAAAACGCUGCUGCGAAAAGGCAAGAUGGAGGGCUGUUCAAGAGCCCAUCGUACCCGGGCUAUCCGUUUAUAAUGAUCCCCGAUCUCACAAGCCCAUACCUCUCCAAUGGAUCACUUUCUCCGACAGCACGCACACCCCGGAAGUCGGAGCAAAAAUCUGAAGAGCCGCUGACGGCCGAGGAGGUGCUUAUCGGCGUGUCGUGA